ACUGUCUUUUCUUCCUCAUUUUGACAAACUUCAAUCAUCUCUCAUGUGACAAACAAAUAAUUCCCACCCAACAAAAAAAAAAUGAAAUCACUCUUCUUCAACCCCACAAUCAAACCCUCCUCCUCUUUACUAUUUCCCACCCAAACACGCAAUCAUCCAAACACCUUAUCAUUUCGCCAUCAAAACAAAUGCAUCAUAUCCUCCGUGUUAAGUGAUUUAGAUCAGUAUUAUGGACUUAGUCAAUCAGAUGCUCGGAAUCCUACUCUAUCCACUUCAUUUCAGAGGCCCAACUCACGUAAACCUAAUCAGACUGUUUUAGAUGCUCAAACUAGGGUCUGUACUGGUCCUACUCAAACUAAACCCCUUUCUGAACAACAAGCUUUCAAAGUCCUCGAUACUAUUCUUAAAUCUGCGAAGGGAGAACUGAAAGAUGAAGAAGAAGUGUCAAAGGCCCAGCUGGGAGCAUUUUUUGCAGCUAUGACAAUUCGUGCAAAUGCAUUCCCAGAACCAACUCAAUGGAGUGAAGGAGAAAGGCGCGCAAUGGACGCAUAUUGGCCACAUUUAAUUCGUACACUACCUUCAGAUAUAAUCUUUCUAGCUGAUCCAGAAGGUUCAAUUAUGAGACUUGGGAAUUCAAUAGGGCCACAAUAUGUCGGCAAUGGGAGUUAUGAAAUGAGACUUGUGGGUGCCCUUAGGGAAGUUUUAGCUGGUGGUCAUCUUGGUUAUGAAGAGGUUCAAGGUGUUAUGAAGGAUGUUCUUCCACUGAAGUCGGAACAUGAUACACCUGGCGCUGUAAGUGAGUCACUAUUAUCAGCGUUCUUGAUAGGUCAGCGUAUGAACAGGGAGACAGAUCGUGAGCUAAAAGCAUACUGCCUCGCAUUUGAUGAUGAGCUCGGUCCUGUGCCGGUAGCUGAUGUUAGAUCAUUGACUCAUUAUGGUGAACCUUACGAUGGAAACACACGUUUCUUUAGGAGCACACUCUUUGUUGCUGCUGUGCGGUCAUGUUACAAUGAAUCAUCCCUCCUACAUGGUGUAGACUGGAUGCCACCAAAGGGCGGGAUAACUGAAGAGCAAAUGCUAAAAUUCAUGGGAGCAAAUGUUAACGUAACAACAAUGCAGGCUAAAAAGCUUCUUGAGGAUGACACAGUUGGUUUUGCUUAUGUCAGCCUACGGGAAGCUCGCCCCUCAUUAUAUUCGUUAAUUGAGAUGAGGGAACAUAUAAAGAAACGGCCACCAUUGGCAACAACAGAAAAGGUUCAGCAAUUUGUGAGGGCUACAGGUAAAGAAGCAAUUAUAGCAGGAUUCUACCAUGAAGGUUAUGAAGAACCACUUCUAAUGCUUAUUAGGCGAAGAGGUGUUCAUGCUGGUUUGGUGGUGAAGGGUGAAGAAGGGGCACUUUCAAUGACUAUGAAAUCGCGUUCAGGAAAUGCAUCAAAAGGGCUUCCUGUAAAUUACUGUUCUGGUUUUCGUUCAUUCAACACCCCACCAGCAUAUGAUGUGGAUGGGGUAUCUCGUGAAAAUUUUUCCUUGGUAGUGGAUGCAAUGGAAUAUGGUUUUGAACCCUCAGAGACUCCAAGAACCGAUAGAUCGGUUUCAAAAAACAUAGAAUUGGGCAUAGCAGCUUUACGUGGAGAAAAGGGACCUGCAUAUGACCGGAUCGUAUUAAAUGCUGGGAUGACGGAUCACUUGCUUGGAUGUGAGGGUGCAGAAGAUGUAUCAACUGCCCUGGAUAGAGCACGGGAAGCCAUCGACAGUGGCAAUGCCCUGAAUCACCUCUUGAACUACAUAAAGAAUUCUCACAAAGUCAAAUGAGUAUGCAAUCUGCUUGUAUACAUUUCUUUUUGAUAAGAACACAACAUAUAGUUGACUUCAAAGGGGUUUUGUGUCUAUUACAUGUUAGAGGUUAGGAUACUCCAAAAGUGCAAAGUUAAAACAUUAAAUACGAGUUAUUUUUUUU